AUGAGAGGAGCCGUCUUCCUGGCGCUCCUGGCCGCCGCUGCCGCCGCCGUCUUCGGCGGCGCGGCGGCGGCGGCUUCCGAGGGCCGGCCGACGGCGGCGGUGGAGGUGGACCCGUCGUGGCGGUUCCCGAGCCGGCGCCUGCGGGACGCGUACGUCGCGCUGCAGACGUGGAAGCGGCAGGCCAUCUUCUCCGACCCCUACAACCUCACCGCCGACUGGGUCGGCCCGGGGGUCUGCAACUACACGGGCGUCUACUGCGCGCCGCUCCCCUCCGCCUCCGGCCCCGACCGCCGCGGCGCGCUCGCCGUCGCCGGGGUCGACCUCAACCACGGCGACAUCGCGGGGUUCCUCCCGCCCGAGCUCGGCCUCCUCGCCGACCUCGCCCUGCUCCACCUCAACUCCAACCGCUUCUGCGGCGUCCUCCCGCACGCGCUCCGCCGCCUCCGCCUCCUCCACGAGCUCGAUCUCAGCAACAACCGCUUCGUCGGCCCGUUCCCGGACGUCGUGCUCGACCUCCCGGCGCUCCGCUUCCUCGACCUCCGGUUCAACGACUUCGAGGGCGCCGUGCCGGCCCGCCUCUUCGACCGCCCGCUCGACGCCAUCUUCCUCAACCACAACCGCCUCCGCUUCCAGCUCCCCGACAACUUCGGCAACUCGCCGGCGUCCGUCGUCGUCCUCGCGCACAACACAUUCGGCGGAUGCCUCCCGGCGAGCGUCGCCAACAUGUCCGGGACGCUUAACGAGAUCCUGCUCAUCAACAACGGCCUCACCUCCUGCUUCCCGCCGGAGAUCGGCCUGCUGCGGGAGCUCACCGUGCUCGACGUCAGCUUCAACCAGCUUGCCGGCCCGCUGCCGCCGGAGCUCACACUGAUGAGGAAGCUCGAGCAGCUGGACGUCGCGCACAACCAGCUCACCGGCGCGAUACCGCCGGGGAUAUGCGACCUGCCGCGCCUCAAGAACUUCACGUUCGCCUACAACUUCUUCACGGGCGAGCCGCCGGCGUGCGCGCGCGUCGUGCCGCGCGACAGCGACCGGAGCAACUGCCUGCCCAACCGCCCCGCGCAGCGGACGCCGCAGCAGUGCGCCGCGUUCUACGCCCGCCCACCUGUCAACUGCGCCGCGUUCCACUGCAAGCCGUUCGUCCCGCCAAUGCCGCCGCCGCGGCUCCCAUCACCGCCCCCGCCAAUGCUCCCAUCACCGCCCCCGCCAAUGCUCCCAUCACCGCCCCCGCCGAUGCUUCCACCACCACCCCCGCCUUCGCCACCUCCACCAUCACCGCCGCCGCCGUCUCCACCUCCGCCACUUCCGUCUCCUCCGCCGCCAUCACCACCGCUGCCCUCACCACCGCCACCUCCACUGCUGCCGUCACCACCACCACCAUCACCACUGCUGCAUUCCCCACCUCCACCAUCCUCGCUCCCUCCCGCGCCAGUCGACCACCCGCCACCACAGUGCCCACUAUGCCCCGUUCUGCCGCCACCGCUGCCCUGCACUCCAACGCAUCCAUGGCCUCCGCCACCACCAUAUUACCCCGGUCCAUUGCCACCCACAUACCCUGUCCGAUAUGCAUCACCUCCUCCCCCACAGCAGCACCAUCCAUAUCCAUCAGUAUACCCAUAUCAUUAUGGAUCGCCGCCACCCCCUCCGCUGCAUUGA